AUGGGGCCCGGCAGCAACCCACGCUUGGGGCUCCCCAGGACAGAGUCGCCCUCCCAGCCCCCCAAGAGGAGGAAGAAGAGAUACCUUCGGCAUGACAAGCCCCCCUACACCUACUUGGCCAUGAUUGCCCUGGUGAUCCAGGCCGCACCUUCCCGCAGGCUGAAGCUGGCCCAGAUCAUCCGUCAGGUCCAGGCUGUGUUCCCCUUCUUCAGGGACGACUACGAGGGCUGGAAGGACUCCAUCCGCCACAACCUCUCCUCCAACCGAUGCUUCCGCAAGGUGCCUAAGGAUCCUGCGAAGCCCAAGGCCAAGGGCAACUUCUGGGCAGUCGACGUGAGCCUGAUCCCGGCUGAGGCGCUGCGGCUGCAGAACACGGCCCUGUGCCGGCGGUGGCAGAGCAGGGGCGCAAGGGGGGCCUUCGCCAAGGACCUGGGCCCCUACGUGCUGCAUGGUCGGCCCUACCGACCACCCAAACCUCCCAGUCCGACCAGUCCCCAGCUGCCACCCAGCGAGGGCUUCAGCAUAAAGUCUCUGCUGGGGGACCCCAGAAAGGGAGCACCACCAAGUAGCCCAGGUCCAAAGGGUCCCCUUUCAAGUAAGGAGGAGGUGGGGCCUACAUCACCCCUGCCCUCUGAGAGGCCUCUGUGGCCCCUCUGCCCCCUCCCAGGGACCAUGAGAGCAGAGGGGGAAACUUCCCAGCGAGUGACCAGCAGGCCCUCACCCCUCUCCCCUGAGCCCAGAGCCUGGCCCCUCCACUUACUGCAGGGUACCCCCAACCCUGGGGGGCUGUCUGGUGGGGGUCACAGGGCCUCACUUUGGGGGCAGCUACCCACUUCCUACUUGCCCAUCUAUACCCCCAAUGUGGUAAUGCCCUUGGCCCCACUACCACCCACCUCCUGCCCCCAGUGCCCACCCUCAACUAGCCCAGCCUACUGGGGUGUGGCCCCUGAAACCCACACCCCCCCAGGGCUGCUCUGGGAUCUAGAUGCCCUAUUCCAGGGGGUGCCGCCCAAUAAGAGCAUCUAUGAUGUGUGGGUUAGCCAUCCCCGGGAACUGGCUGCCCCCACCCCAGGCUGGCUACUCUCCUGGUACAGCCUGUGA